UGGCGAAGAUCAUGCGCAACUGUGUAUGCAACUGGAUUAUCUGUUGGAGAAAUAAUUUAUCUGUCCAUCCAUGUCACCCUACGCCGCACCGAUUCUCUUCACCCCAAAGAAGGACAGAGGCCUACGGAUGUGUACCAAUUAUCGGGCGCUCAACAACAUCACCAUCAAGUCCCGUUACCCAAUUCCGCGAGCCGACGAUCUCAUUGACCAACUUCGCAGGGCCAGGAUUUUUUCCAAGAUUGAUCUACGAGGAGGUUACCACCAGAUUCGUGUCGCCGAAGCCGAUAUUCCGAAGACUGCUUUUCGAACCCGUUAUGGAAGUGAUGCCAUUUGGGCUGGCGAAUGCACCCUCAACUUUUAAACUAACCAUGAACGAAGUCUUCCGCUCGCUACUGGACAAGUGCGCCAUCCUCUACCUGGAUGACAUCCUGGUGUACAGCACCUCGCGGGAACAACAUUUGACGGACCUGGAAGCAGUUUUUACCCUCUGCGAUCAGCACCGACUCAUCAUCAAGGGCUCUAAGUGCGAGUUCUUAAAAGAAGAGCUGGAAUUCCUCGGCCACGUCAUCUCAACCGAAGGUGUUAAAAAUUACCAGAAAAAGAUUGACACUAUUCGCAACUGGGAACCACCUACGAACGUUCUGGGGUUCGUCAACUACGAGGUUCAUGACGCUAAUUGCUCAGGGCAUUUCGGGGUUGAUAAAACCUUGAAAAUGCUCCAACGUCAUUAUUACUGGCCGAAUGCGAGCCACAACGUGCAGCAGUAUGUGGCCUCAUGUCCCACCUGUCAGCUGAUGAAAUCCUCUCACCAAAAGCCAGCUGGAUUACUGCAACUGUUAGAUCCGCCCACCAAGCCCUGGACACAUGUAUCCAUGGACUUCGUGACAAGACUGUCGGCGGACGCAUCCCAAAAUGAUGCUGUACUCGUGGUUGUUGACCGACUCACGAAAAUGGCUCAUUUUGCGCCAUGCCGAACGACGAUCACAGCCGAGCAAACUGCCAAGCUAUUCAUCUCAACCGACGUUCGCCUGUUCGAAAUCCCGAAGGUGAUCGUGAGAGAUCGUGACCCCCGAUUCACGUCCAACUUCUGGACAAAAAUGUGGGAACAGUACGGUACGCGUCUCCAUCCGUCCACGGCUUACCACCCACAGACCGACGGUCAGACUAAACGGACAAAUCACACUAUGGAGCAGCUGAUACGGACAACCUGUACCGACCUGGCCCAAUGGGAAGAUCCCCUUCCCCUGAUCGAGUUCGCCUAUAACAACGCCCCUUCGUCAACGACUGCCCCUUCAGGUAGAGCUCUACCUGAAUUAUGGUUUAAACCCCACGACUCCCACUACACCGUUAGUUGAGAGCCCUGCUCCACGAUCGCAAC